CUAGUGUUGGGAUAAUCUGCUGAGGCACGACAGGAAUUAAUUUAUUGUACCGGACGAGUGUAUAAGUUUCUGACAUUUACCAUCAUGGCGACAAUCUUGGUGGUUACAACACUUUUUCUAUGUCUACUGAUGUCUGCGACCUCAGAAGCUAACAUUCGUCAAAAUAUUGAAAGAAUUGAAGGUUGGGCAGAGCAACUUUCAAUAAAAUUAGAAACAAUUUUGGAGAAAAACUUUGGUCUAAGAAAGUUCCACAAGCUGAUCGAUGAAGCUUUAUUUAAGACAACUUCUUUACAAGCCACCGAACUCCUGGAUAAUAUUUCUAUUGCUGUAGAUGGAAAGUUGCAAGAGGUUUUAAAAACAUUGAUUUCAAAUAAGAUGUUUUUAGAAUCUGAAUUGCAUCAGAAACAUCGAUCAUAUACAAGUGCUCAGCCGUGCUGUGGUUCAAGAAGCAAUUUGAGAUAUGAUGCAAGGUUUAGAAGCAGCGUUGAUAGAAAUUCAUCUUGCGUUAUUACAAAUGGAGCAAACUCAUAUUUUACAUCAAGUUUAGAAAAAAAUUACAAAACAAACAUUUUAUCUUCAAAGACAAUCAAAUGGCAGUAUUUUGGCUCUAGUAACGGAUCUUAUCAUCAAUAUCCCAGUUCUCAACAACAUUGUCUUGAAAAUGAAAUAUUCGACCCGCAAUUAAGUUCCUGGUAUGUGAAUGCGGCAAUGUCUGCAAGAAAAAAACUUGUUAUUAUAAUUGACCGAAGUGGAUCAAUGGGAAGAGAGCAGCGAAUGAGCCUUGCUAAAGAUGCAGCCCUGACUGUUUUGGAUACUCUGACACCAGAUGAUUAUGUAACUACAAUAGCAUUUUCAAAUUCAGUUCAGUUCCCUCCUGGAUGUUUUGGACGCUCUUUUGCCAAAGCAACUGCUUCAAACCUACAAGUUCUUAAAGAUUGGAUUCGGAGCUUAAAUCCUGGUGGAGGGACUAUGUAUUCAUUGGCGUUUCAGGCAUCAUUUGGUUGUUUCAUUAAUUCUUCCUCUGCGACAAUGGAUAAGGGGAAAAACAUCAUACUAUUUCUCACUGAUGGUGUACCAAGUGACGAUCCUAACAAGCAAAUAUAUCCAUCCAUAUCUCAAGGACAACAACAAAUGAAUAACUCAGUAAGUAUUCUGGCGUACGGUCUUGGUGCGGGUAUAAGUGGAAAUGAAAAAGCCAAAACUGUUUUAACAAAUAUUGCAACACAAAAUAGAGGACAAUUUAGUAUCAUAAACGAUGGAAGCAAGGAAAAAUUGAACUCAGCUUUUGGACGUUACUACCAGUUUUUCACCGCUGCCAGUGGUAACAUUGCUUUAGGUAAACAAACAAAGCAAUCGAGUGUAAAGUUCAAGCAAAAUCCAAAUGUUGGUGUAAAUGGCUUGGUUGAUGGUAAAUGUUCACGAACAAAUUAUGAAGAGAAUCCUUGGUGGUCAGUUGAUUUACAAAAUCAUUAUGAUAUAAUGGCCGUUGGUAUUUCAAACUGCUGUAAGAAUGUGAUGAAAAAUGUAGAAAUUCGUGUUGGUGAUAAUGAAAACAGAGAAUUUAACAAGAUAUGCGGUUGGAUGGAUUUCUUAAAAGACAAUGAAGACCACAUUAUGUUUUGUGAAUCUGGCACGACAGGUCGUUACGUUCAUAUGAGUAUUCCAGGACGAAACGAGACUCUUUCGAUUUGCGAAAUAAGGGUGUAUCAAGUUCUAGUUCCAUCGUUGACGCUGUCAAUGCCUUGCACGGAUGAAAAUGGAACGAUAUUUGGAGUCACUGCAGUUGAUAUGUCAUUAAACUAUGUUUUCUCGCAAAUUCUCUUGUUUUCCUAUGGAAAAUACUCCUAUGCUAUGGUCAUUGAUGUGAAAGGGAGAGUAUGGAUUCACCCGAGAGCACCAAAUCCUGAAGAAAGUUCCUUAGGACCAUCGCUACUACCUUUACAAAUAUAUGAAUCUUGGGCGAACAAAGAUAUCAUUAAACGCAUUCUGAAUGAACCUAAUGGGCAAAUUACAUUAAAUAAGGUUCUCCUACAAUUUCCUCAAGGAUAUGCUAGCACUGAUAGCAUGAAAACGAAGGCAGUAAACGGCACACUUAAUUGGAAAAGACUUAGAAAUAUGUUUAUUUUGAUAAUUCUUGUUGUGGAGGAUGACUUUAAUGUCUGGCUGACAACGAAACAAGUAAAGAAGAAGAAUUCAACCAAGGAAAAUAAUAAGGUUGAUGACAGAUAUUUUAAUAUAUGUCAAUUUAAUGGCACUCCAUUCUUUAAUGAACUUUCUACUGUGAAGCUUUCCUUCGAUAAAAAUAGAAUAGAAUCAGAUGUUUAUAUCGGAGCUAAACCUGUGAUUGAUAUCCAUGAAGAAAUAGAAGCCUCUCACCCUGGUGUCGUGUCGGACGUGGUCUUAACUGGUUAUCUUGAAAACAACUGGAGGGACAGCGACAAGAAAGAUGAUGAAUCUGUCAUGUGGAGAUAUGUUGGCACAGACUCUGGAGUUUAUCGACGCUAUCCUGGAAGCACAUUGAGUGAGAAUCUUAAUUACAAAACACGUCCAUGGUAUCGUCAAGCUGUAAUGAAUUCUGGAAAAGCAUUUUUGUCGCAUCCUUUCAAAGAUCCUUAUGGUCGAGGACAAGUUAUUUCAAUUAGUAAAGCAGUUCAGAAGAGCAGAGGGCAAGAUCGUCAAGACAACACAAAGAGCUGGACAACCUGGAUCAUGGGGGUGUCUGGUAUAGACAUGACGCUCAGUUCUUUCAGACGGCUGGCAAUGAAUGCGAUGCCUGGCUGUUCGAACGAGUAUGACUGUUUCUUAAUGGACCAAAGUGGAUAUUUAUAUGUCAACUUAAAUGAACCAGAACCACAAGUCCAUGUUACGGAGAAAUUUUAUUGGAUUGGGAAGGAGCUUUUUGAAACUAGGCAGAUUUUUAAAACCAAAUGGUGCAACGACUUUGUGAAUUUCAGGAUUGUCUUUUCUUACGAAGCUAUUGUAACCGACACAGUCGUUUCUCAAUCGCCACUUGUGUGUCGUCAAUAUAUACUGGUUCCUCUACCAAAUGUCAGCUCUUCAUUACUUGUUAUACCAUCCAGGAAAAUAAACUUAAAUUGCCAAGACAGACUGCAGAGCAACUAUUCAGAGACCUGUAAAACAUGUUCUCAAGAUGUCAUUGAAUGUCAGACACCGUGUUCCUGUCCAAUGUCGUUUGAUCGUUGUAGUAAUUCAUUAAUGAACACAUUCACAGAGAUAACUUGUCCAGCUCCGAGUCCCAGUAUUAAUCUUGUCAACGCUGCGGUGCGCAUGCCCGAUCAGAUAGUUCGAAACUCUACCACGAUUCCAGAAUGCGAUAAAGUUUGCAAUACCGCAUUGAACAACGAACAUUGCUCUGAAAUGUCUCACUGUGUGUGGUGUGAAAAUUUUAUUGAGUCUUGUGAGAGUUUCUGUCCGUUUAAUUACAGCCAACGUAUUGGUCUAAUGUUUACUUCUGACCUGACUACAUUAAUUCCGGAGAUCACAAACCAAACUGUAAAAGGAAUAGUGAAGAAGAAUUUACAACAGACGAUUUACAAAACUCUUGGUGAAAACCUGGAAAAUCAUGUUCAGGAAAUAAGCUUUGAAGAGAAUUCUAUGAAACUGAGUGUCCGAGGAUCAAGCACAGCUGAAAUUUUCCAGAAACUUAAGAAAAUGAACGAUGCCAUCGUGGCUAGGGAAUUCCCUAUUGAUAUCUCUAGAAACGGAGGAGGAAAGACGAUUUUUCCAGAGCAACUGUUUGUUUUAGAUUUUAAUGAAUGCUUGGCCAACGUUCAUGAUUGUCACGUUGGAGCAACAUGCAUUGAUACUGAAGAAUUUUACAACUGUUCUUGUAAAUCUGGCUUUUUCGGAGAUGGAAAAGAUUGUACCGACUUAAAUGAAUGUGAUCAAUUUCCUUGCGAUGUCAAUGCGAAGUGUAUCAACAAUAUUGGUUCUUUUAAAUGUUCUUGCUCACAAGGAUUUGCUGGGAAUGGUUUCCAAUGUUUAGAUGAAAAUGAAUGUAACCAACUACCUUGUCAUUCCAAUGCCAUAUGUGUAAACUUUCAAGGAUCAUAUAAUUGUUCUUGUAAGAAUGGUUUCUCUGGAAAUGGCACAUUUUGUGCAGACGUCAAUGAAUGUGAUCAUUUCCCGUGUGAUGUCAACGCGAAGUGCAUCAAUCAAAUUGCGUCUUUUAAAUGUUCUUGCUUGGAGGGUUUCGACGGAGAUGGUCUAAAUUGUUUGGAUAGUAACGAAUGUGACUCCAUACCUUGUCAUUUAAAUGCAAGCUGCAUUAACAUACCUGGAUCGUUCAAAUGUUCAUGUUUGAAUGGUUUUUCAGGGGAUGGAUUUAUCUGCCAAGACUUGAACGAAUGUGAUAACUCUCCAUGUCAUGAUAACGCGACAUGUGUCAAUCAUAUUGGAUCUUUUGUGUGUUCUUGUUUGCAAGGAUUUCAUGGAAAUGGUUUUGAAUGUCAAGAUAGUAACGAAUGUGACUCCAUACCUUGUCAUCUACAUGCAAGCUGCAUUAACAUACCUGGAUCAUUCAAAUGUUCAUGUUCGAACGGUUUUUCGGGGGAUGGAUUUAUCUGCAAAGACUUGAACGAAUGUGAUAACUUUCCAUGUCAUGAUAACGCGACAUGUAUCAAUCAUAUUGGAUCUUUUGGAUGUUCUUGUUUGCAAGGAUUUCAUGGAAAUGGUUUUGAAUGUCAAGACUUGAACGAAUGUGAUAAAUCUCCAUGUCAUGAUAACGCGACAUGUGUCAAUCAUAUUGGAUCUUUUGGAUGUUCUUGUUUGCAAGGAUUUCAUGGAAAUGGUUUUGAAUGUCAAGAGGAGAAGGCAGUAACAACAACAACAACAACAAUGGCUAAAAUUAUAACAGCCCAAACCAAGACAACAGCAAAACAAAAAUCAACGGCAACAAAAGCUGGAAAUAACGCAACGAAAACAAACAUAACGACAACUGCGAAUAUAACAAAAAGACCAAAGACAACAGAAUAUGGAAAAACUACACCGACUAAAAGAUUUGGAUUGGAGAAAAGUAGCCACUUUCCUACCAUUACAGUUAUCGCCAUAGCAAUUACAACUUUUAUUAUUGGGAUUAGUCUUGGUCUAUGCUUUAUAUGGUUCGUGUUCUUACGACGAUCAUCAGAAAAGAAGAAUAAAGUUCGACCUUCUCAGUGUGUUGUUGAGGACUUAUGUUUAGAGGAAAAUGGAAUUGUAACUGAGGAUGAUAACGACGAGGAGAAAUUAUUCUGUAAAAGAGAAAGGAUGUCGACAGCAUUGCUAAUUUCUAUGAAACAUUUUCAGCCUGUUUCGAAUGUGAGAUGUGAGAUGCAAUCAGAAGUGGAAAUAUGAUCUUCUCGGUCUUUGAACAGCGAAGAAUGGAAAUAUGAUAAAAUAUUUCAGUCUCUUUAAAAAGAGAUAAAUGAGGCUUUUUAAGAUCUGUAACUCGGCCUUCGACUACACGAUACAAACCGCUUGUCCGUCCGCUUUCGUGGCGUUAAUUUUGAACCUCAAAACUUACCUGAGCAUGAAUACUGCAUUAUAAUGAUUUGGCUCGGGCCAAAAACGUCAGUAAGUUCAGAAUCUGAAACACAUAAAUUUAUUUAUAACUUAAUUAAUAGCAUUGUAAUAGGCAACAGGUAAGCUGUCUACACGACUGUUUUUUCGCAAUCUUAUUCCCCAGGAACGUGCUAUCGUGCAACCCUAGAUUGCAAACUAUUUGCUAAUUUGCAACUUUCGAUAUAUAGCUAAUUCAUUGAUUGAUUCUUUAUUUUAAUGCAGCAAUAAUGAAGAUUAACGAAUCUUUUACCAUAGCAGAAUGAUAAUUUAGGAUUAUAUAGCUCGUGAAUUAAGAGGUAUUUGUAUAAACUAAUAUUAUGACGCAGCUACAUAUUGGCUUUUGAUGAGCUUUUGAAGAUAUUGUACAAUCAUCCAUCGUUAACGAACAUGAACAGGAACGAACUACGUUACCAGGAACCGACUGCUUGCUAAAUCCAUAUCAUUUAAAGCCCUUCUUAUUUCAAACACUCGAUUAAAAUGUUAAUAUAGGUCGCGUAGAUGAAAUAGUUUUUGACCUAGAGGAAAUGAAUAGUGAAAAUCCAGACUUUGCGUCUGGAAUCAAAGAAGAGGAAGUAGCUACCUUUCUUUGUAUUUUAUAUCACAAGACAUGCGCCUAUAUUUUGCAUUCGUGACCUGCUUCUGGACUCUGUCUACGUAAUAGUUGUCUUUAUAAUGCUUAAUUCUUUCAUAUUGUGACGUCAAACGCAUCAUCUCCUCCUA